AUGCGGCCAUCUGUGGAUGUCUUUCUAUUGUAUGUAGUGUAUGUCUUGUGUUUCUCUUUAUUGAACUCAUCUGAGGAACGGGUGAUUUUAGGGGGUCCGCCGUUGGUUUUGUUGCGGUCGUUGGAGAUGCAGGUGAUUGAUCGGGUUGGGUGUUUAAUUCCUUAUGUCUUGGUUUAUAUGGAGGUGGUUAGGAAGGGGUCUUGGUUGGCGGUUUUAGGAGUUAUUUCGGAGGUGGUGGUUUAUGUGGUGGUGAAAGAUACGGUGAUUGUUUAUGUGAAGGAGAUGCAUGUAUUUUUAUCGGGGGGGAGUUUGUUGCCUUUGAAUCCAUCGGGACAUACCUUUAUGUUUUUGAAUGGGGUUUAUGUUUUGAUUCCAGUGGCUUAUUCUAAUCGGUGGUCGAGGCGAUGGGUGUGUUUGGUAUCUGGGCUGAUUAUUGCGGAGUAUAGUCGGUUGAUGAUGGAGACGGCUACUUACUACCAUACGUUUAGUGAUGUUGGGUUUGGAGUGCUUUUCUUCUUCUUGUUCCGGGGGUUGGUCAGUCCGGUGCGGCGGGUUUACCGGACGGCUACGUACUGUAAUGAAUGGAGUGAGAAAGGGUACUUUGUAGCUAGUUUAGGAUUGGGAGUGGUUUUGGCUGUUUGGCAAUUCCUGUAG